AUGUUGCCUACCAUUAAACGUAACUACGAAAAAUACUGCGAUGACGAACUUCCAUCAAAAAAUGCAAUUUUAUUUAAAAAAUUAAAACAAGACAAUCACUACAUGAGUAAACCAGAAGUUAUAUCGAUCACUGAUUCAGAUGACGACCUUCCAUCAGAAGAUGAAAUUUUAUUCAACAAAUUAAACCACAAUGUGAGAACACAAGAAGUUAUAUCGAUCACUGAUUCAGAUGACGACCUUCCAUCAGAAGAUGAAAUUUUAUUCAAAAAAAUAAACCAAGGCAAUCACUACGUGGGAAUACCAGAAGUUAUAUCGAUCACUGAUUCAGAUGACGAACUGUCUACCACGGCUGCAAAUAAUAAUAAUAAUGAUUUUAUGUAUAUCAUUAACAAUGAUCAUUCACUCAGAAUCAGUAAAAAUGAAAUACGAGGCAAGUUAAAACGAUUGGUGAGAAGACUCAAAACCAAGAAGGUUAUCAAACACAUCACCGAUAUAUGUGAAUAUAAAGAAAAAUACAAAUAUUACAAUGAUUUCAAAUCUCUAUCAAAAUGGCAACUCAAUAAUGUGUUCGCCAGAGUACAACGAAUCAAUCAUUUAGUUCCUGGAUAUUAUGGAAUGAAAGAGUAUACGAUAAUGUUGGAACAUUUGAUGAAA